AUGAAGAGGCCAAGAAUAACAACAGAGGCAUUUAAAAAGAAGAAAUUUGCAGAGGGUAAUCUCAGUCGAAUCAGAGAAGGUGUUAAAGAUGGAGCAAGAGCAUACGGAUUAGCUGCUGUGAUGGAAUUCAAAGAAUCCGAAUUUUUUCCCAAUUCGAAAAUGCUAACAAAUUGCAAACGUUCGUAUGGGGAUCAUACGAAAAUCCUUUUGACCCAAUUCAAGUUAUGGAUUGAAACUUCAUCAUCUAUGAGUGAAGCCUUCAAGUAUAGGAGCAGAAUGUUUUUAUUUUAUGGGCCUUUGUUUGAACUGUUUGAUUUGGCAACUAAUAAUGGUUGGGGGUUAGCAAGAGAGACUUGUUACAUUCAACAGCUUCCGGUUUAUGCCCAAUUAAACUUUCGCAACUAUUCUUCAGAAUGCUUCAUUCACAUAGUGAAUUUCUUGGGUAAGUGGCCCCAGUUGUCAUUCCGAAGAAUGCUUCAACAAAAUUGCUGUGUCAACAUUGAUGGCAAGAAGAGUAAAGGAAUUGAAUUGGAUGCUUUUGUGGAGGCUGAAAUUGUUCAGCCAUUGAAGACAUAUGUAUCAGGUAUAAUUUUGCUAUAUAUCAUAAUUUUUAAAUUAACUUCCUGGAUCUGUAAUACUAAUUAUUUGUUUGCUGAAAGGGGGUGUAAUCAUGACCUUAAGGUCUUCCAACUAAUGGUUGUGAGGACUAUAGCUGUUUUAUUAUACAUGCACGAAGCCAGUGAUGAUGUGAUCGUGUGAGGAAAUAUUAUAGGGAAAGAUAGCAGACUAAGUGUAAUUGCCCAGACGCAUGAAGAUAUCUAUUGCAGGGUGUUUCUGCAGCUACCAGAAUAUCUUGCAAGAAUCCCAAUGUAAAAGAAUUGAAGACACAAUACUUGCAAAGCAUUCUGAUAGUAGUAUUCAUGCACCACAAAGAGUCGUUGUUUUGCAUAAGGUCUACCGUAUUUACUCGUUUAAGCGCCGCGGCGCUCUUUAAAUUUUCAGAGCUUCAGAUGCGGCGCUCAUUCGGGGGCGGCGCUCAAUCGAGGGCGGCGCUCUUUAAAAAAUCUUUUAUUUGUGAAUUAUAACAAGAACUUUUAACAAUAAAAUAAACAAGUUUUAAAUGUCUUUGUCACUAAAUGUCACCAUUUUGACGGCGGAAAGUUUAGUGCGGCGCUCAUUUGGGGGCGGUGUAGUGCUAUUUAAAAAAAAUUGAUCUCAAAUGCGGGGCUCAUUCGUGGGCGGCGCUCAAUCGAGUAAAUACGGUACUUAUUAAAUGUCAGUGUCUACAGUACAUUUUUUGUCAAUAGGUCAUACAUCAGUCAAAAUGUGCCAAAAACUUAUGGGUUCAAUAGACCUUUUGAAACAGACACGCAGUGCAUACACCUCAAGAGAUGCGUUCGAUGUGCACCCAACUUCGCAUCAUGCUGUUGCAGAUUCGUUCCGUGAUCAGUUGAAGGGUGCCUGGUUUUGCUUGCAUAAUGGAUGGCUUGAUCUCAUCAAAGAAACUGAUGGCUGCCCUGGUUAUCUCGUUGAUGGUCAAGGAAAGAUGGAAGGAAAAGUAUCACAAUGCUAUGUUGAUGUGGAGGAGAAAGGAAAAGCUAAACUAAAAGACAAUUUUAAGUCAAAACUGUAUGACUGCUUUCCAGAUUUAAGGUUUGAAUUGUUGUGUAAAGAUUAG